AGAGGAACAAGAAUCCUAGAUGAUGGAAAGUGAGGAAGGGGAUUUGGGUUGUGAAGAUGCAGAAAAAGCACAUGGUGGCAAUGGAAGACUCAAGGAAGCUGAGGUUGAUGAUGAUGACGUGGCAAGCUACAGAGAGGCAAGCAACGGUAAACCUAUAACACAAGCCAUGAGGAGAAGUGAGAUGACAGUUGAAGGGGUUCCUAAUAGCCUGCAAAAAAUUCAAACCGAGAUUGAAGGAAAAUUCAAAACAGAGAGGGAGCUUACGAGGGGAAAGGGAGGGAGAUUUGAUGCACUAGUUGGGCUCAUGAAUGAGGAGGAUUUCCAUUUGGGAUUAAAUGAACACAGUAAUUGGAUGUCAAAUGAGGAGUCCAAUAAGAUGGAAAAAAUACCAGUAAGGGAGGAGUCUGUCAAUGUGGAGCAAGCCCAAAAUAACACUUUGAAGAAGGCCCAAAAUACUUUUGAUAAAGGAGCUCUAGGUAGUCAAAGGGAAGCAGAGUCGGUGAACACCAAUAAUGGUUCGGUUUACUCGGAAGAGGGAAUCACUCGACAACAUUGGCAAGGACGAAGAGGCCGAAGAGGAAGAAGUCGAGGCUUAGCGGAGAACAGAGUACAUCUGGUAUUUGUGGCAAGCCCAACUGGUGAAGUAGUUGGUCAGUCUAUCGGAGACAGUUGUAUUCAAAACUACAACAGAUCCAUCAGGAAGCAGAUGAAGAAAGAGUUGGCUAAGGAAAUAUGGGAAAUAGCAAAGCAGCUGGGAGUAGUGGCCGAAAAUGAGGAAGAAAUCAUACAAAGAAUUGAUGAAUUGGAGUGUAGAGACAAUUGGGCAAAAGCUACACUGGAAAAGAAAGGAACCGAGGCGAUGGAGGAGAAUGAGAAGGUUGAUUGGGGGCCGAAACCUUUCAAAUUCUUUAAUGCUUGGAUGGAACAACUAGGAUGCAUAGAGCUUAUCAGAAACACUAGGAAAUCCUGUGAAGUGAAUGGCAGGUAUGGACUUAGAUUGAAGGAAAAGUUGAAAUUCACCAAGAAUGCUCUCAAGAUGUGGAGCGACAACUCAAUGACAACUGUUGACAUGAAAAUUAUGGAGGCUGAAAAAGAGAUUGAGGAGCUGGAUAAGAAAGGAGAGAAUAGUCUGUUGACUCACAUAGACAUGGAAAGAAGGAGAGGUUGCUUUAUUGAUCUAUGGAGCAACUUAAAAAUCAAGGAAAAAAUAAAGGAAGGGGUGGCAGAGUAUUUCCAGAAACUCUUCACAGAAGAUGUAUGGCAGAGACCCAAACUUGAUGGAAUUGGUUUUAAACAGAUAUCUCAAGCUAAUAAUGAGCUCCUCACAGCACCUUUCACUGAAGAGGAAAUUAGAAAAGUCAUUUGGGAGUGUGACUCUUUUAAAGCCCCAGGCCCGGACGGCUUCAAUUUCAGAUUCAUGAAGUCCAUGUGGGAUGACACUAAAAUUGAGGUGGUUGGAUUCUUAAAGGAAUUUCAGGAACAGGGCAGAUUAGUAAGAGGGUCUAAUGCCUCCUUCAUUGUGUUGAUCCCAAAAACUGAGAAUCCUCAAAGAAUAGAAGAAUAUAGACCCAUAUCCCUCAUUGGUGUCAUGUAUAAGGUGGUUGCAAAAUUACUGGCAAGCUGCCUUUGCAAAGUGUUGCAUAAGAUUAUUGGGGAACAACAGAUUGCAUUUAUUAAGGUUAGACAAUUGGUGGAUGGAGUAGUCACUGCAAACGAAGUAAUUGAUGAGGCGAAGAGGAGGAGGAAGAAAAGCUUUGUGUUCAGAGUGGAUUUUGAGAAAGUAUACGACGAGGUGUGCUGGAAUUUUAUUAAUUAUAUGCUGGACCGAAUGGCCUUUAGUGUUACUUGGAAGAGGUGGAUCCAAGAGUGCUUGAAAUCGAGCAUGGUCUCAAUUCUAAUCAAUGAAAGUCCAACACGUCAAUUUCUGGUCACAAAAGGCAUUCGACAAGGCGACCCUUUAUCCCCCUUUUUAUUCCUGAUUGUGGCAGAGGGUCUAAAUGGAUUGAUGGCAGUAGCUAUCGACAAGGAGCUAUAUAAGGGUGUGGAAGUUGGAAAUGAAGCGGUAACAGUUACCCACUUGCAAUUUGCGGAUGGCACCAUAUUCUUUGGGGAGGCAUCAGAGCAAAAUAUAAGGACAAUCAAGUGUAUUUUAAGGACAUUUGAAAUGGCGGCGGGACUGAAAAUAAACUUCGGCAAAUGCCAGCUAAUGGGCAUCGGGGUGGAGGACGAUUGGAGAAACAAAAUGGCCUAUAGACUAGGCUGUAAAGAAGGGGAAUUCCCGAUCAAAUACCUGGGGAUACCCAUUGGGGGGAACCAUAGAAGGGUUAAGAUGUGGCAGCCAUUGCUUGAUUUUGUUAUGAAGAAACUGUCGAGUUGGAAAGGGCGGUAUCUCUCUCAAGGUGGUCGAAUUACGCUUAUUAACUCAGUGUUGUCAAGCCUCUUCGUGUUCUUGAUGUUCGUCUACUUGAUCCCAAAAGAUAAGGAGUACAAGGGGCUAGGUGUGAAAGAUUUGAAGAAGCUUAAUGUAGCGCUAAUGGGAAAAUGGUGGGGUCGGGACAAUGUCGGGUGGCUAGCGGAGGGGUUUAGGUUAAAGAUGGGGGAAGGUAAAGAUGUGAGCUUCUGGUGGGAUGAGUGGUGUGGGGGGUGCUGUCUUGCUAAUUUGUUUCCGAGAUUAUAUUUGUUAUCAACAAAUAAGGAGAAAAAAUGCUACCAAAUGGGGAAGGAGCAUAAUGGAACAUGGGAAUGGAACUUAAAGUGGAGAAGAAGACUGAUGGGAUGGGAAGAAGAGUCAGCUUAUGAGCUAUCAAAAAAGAUCGAGGAGGUGAAAAUACAACCAGGACUCGCAGACAAAUGGGAGUGGGUGCACAAGAGGGACGGCAAGUUGUGCGAGGAGGAAGAAGAAGACACUGCCCACCUGUUUUUGAGAUGUAAAGUAGCGAAAUGGAUUUGGAAGGAGUGUGCUAAAUGGUGGGGGAUUUCUAUAAGGAUGGAGAUGAACUGCUGGAAAACUUUUGACCACCUUGCUUCAUGGACCAAUGAUAAACGGCUCAAAAUGGAUGGGAUUGCAUCUGGAGUGUAGUGAUCUGGUCAAUGUGGCUUUUGCGGAAUAGAAAGAUAUUUCAAGGCCGGGAAACAAACAUGGGUAAGCUGCUAGAAUUAAUUCAAUUAAGAUCCUUUUUUUUGGAUUAAAUCUAGAAUAGUUGGUUGUCACUUUUAUCUUUCAGAUUGGUUGUGUAAUCCUAUAGCUUGUCUUACGGAUGUUUAAGAGUAAGCCUGGGAGAAGAAUAGUUUGAAAGAUAGGAGUAACAAGUGUAGGCUAUUUCUUCUCUGUCCUUGUGUAAUGAUAUAGAUGGAGUACUACUUGUACUUCCACACUAAUCUUAAUAAAUUACCUUUGUUGUG